AUGACAUCGAACAAAGCGGAAACCCCGCAAUCGGAAGAUACAACUCAAUCAAAAGAAUCUCUGACAAAGAAUUAUGGAACUGCUGCGGCUUAUGCUGAAGAAGUUAGAAAAUGGAUGGUAGCAACGAGUUGUUGGAAUCUUUGCCACCAGAUGGCAGUGAUGCAUUCAUAUGCAUAUUUGAUGUCAUGCUUAAAUCAGCAGUCUGGUCAGCUGCCUAACUUGACACAGGCCGGCCAGAAUCAGCAGUCAGCUAGUAUGGCACAACCGAACCUGAUCAGCCAGCGCUGCGCGAUACCAUCUUUCGCAAGACGUAUUGUUGCGGAACUCAUAGAUUCUAUAUUUGCUUUUUCCGUGAAGCUUCUGUUUGUGUACUGCCUUGUCGAACUUGGUAUUAUAAAUCUUGAGAAGUACGAUAAGUUGCUGAAAGAUGAUGCAGAUCUGCAAUCCCUUGUUGAUGUAACUCAAGAGCUAUUUCCAAUUGAGAUUCUUGGGAAAGUUCUGAUAAGCUUUAUUGAAGCGUUGUUUAUAACUUAUGGAUGGGGAUCAGUACCAGCUGGUUCUACUCCUGGAAAGGCAAUUAUGGCAAUACAAGUAAUAUCCUGUCAGAAUGUUACACCCAUUCCCGGAACGACCGAAGUCACUGUAGUCAGAGAAAGAAAUAUUUGCUUUAAGAACUCUCUACUACGGUCGCUUCUGAAGAAUUUGUUGGUAAGCUUACUAUUCCCUCUCAGUGCUGUUGCGUAUGCAUUCCAGUAUAAUCGAGCUGUAUAUGAUCUUGCGGCAAAGACGAUUGUUGUGUUUGCGUAA